AUGGACGGCAGCUUCGAGCGCUUCGAGGCGGGAGACGACGAAUCCAACGAAUCCAACGGCGGCGGAGGCGACGGCGACGACGCGUCGGCGUCGGCGGCGUUUGAACGACUCGUCGCCGCGGACGUCGCGGAUUCUUCGGACGACGACGCGUCGCCGCCGGGGCGCGCGUCGCCGCUGACGUCGCCGGAGGUGUCGUCCAAGCCGCCCCCGCGGACGCGGCGACGGGACACGCCGCACCCGGGGAGCGAAGUCAGCACCCCGGAGCUGACGUUUAACCCGGGGUACGCGUGA